AUGGCGAUGCAUGAAUGUGAAGCUUAUUGGCAGGAUUUCCUGCGUCGACCGAAUGAGCAGCGCAUGUUGCAAGAGGAGCAAAGGCAACUGCAAAAGGAAACAGCUUGUCGCAUGGCAGCCGUAAAGAGUACCAAACUGGAGGAACUGGAGACUGCCUUAGCUGGGUGUACACCUGACCAGCAACGAAUACUGCGGCCAAUUAUACAGUCUCCAGGCCUUUUGGAGCGUCUGCACGACUGCUUGCUCCGUUCAGACCACAAUCCAGGCAUAUUUAGCAAAAGAAUCGAAACAGACCAGUCGCUAGCAGCGCUCAUUCUCGAGAAGGCAGAAGAAUACGAGCGUCACCCUGAAGCUUUCAAGCGGCAAGAGCAGCAACUCAAGGAAAUACAUGAAGAGGCUUCGAGGCCUCUAGAUGCUGCGGACCUAGACUACCUCAAACAGCGCACUUGGAGGGAUCUGCCUCAGGCAGAACUCGCUGAGCGCAUGUCGAAGGGAGAGAUCUGCCCAAGAGAUGAAUGGAUACCAGGCAUUUCUAAGGGCAAAAGGCCAUUGGAUGCCCCUGCCCUGGAAGAGCACCUGUCUUUCGGUGAGAGACUGGCGAGAGAAGGCCGAGAAGCCUAUGCAACUGGAGAUUACGAUAAGGCUUUCAUGAGGUUCAAACAAGGGGUUGAGCUCGUGAACUGGGUUGAGGCCAAGGAUGCAGUUAGCCAAAGACGUAUUGAUGAUAUGUAUUCCCUCUUCUUGAAAAAUUCUGCGCAAGCUGCGCUUCAACUCGGCAAGUACCAAGAAGCUAUACGCGCAUGCACCACAAUAAUUCAGGAACUAGACGAGCACGAUUCGAAGGCUCGCUAUCGUCGCGGUCGGGCCUACUUGUUAUUAGGGAUGACGAAGUGCGCAAAAGACGAUUUCAUGUUUAUCCUAAAGAGCCCUUACUCAACCCAAGAAGGCGUCUGUGCUGCAAGGCUGGGGCUCCAGGAGCUGCGGCAGGUUUUGAAUAAAAGCGAAACUGAGGCGAAAUUGACAGUGUGCAGAGGCCUUGAAGGCUCACUUUUUUCCCGGGGCCGGCUGGCGGCUGCACACGUCAGGCAGCUGGGCGCUGCCGACGAUCCCGACAAGUCUGAUGACGACCAAUUUCACUUUAGCCGCAAUUACCCUGAAGACAAAACGGACUUCCAUCUACCGCCGAGCAAGACCACUGCAGAGGCGGCAAACUCCUGCAAUAGUGCAGAUGGGCAAGGCGUCGAAAGCAUCUCCAAAGCUGCAACCUGUGAUGAGGCAGAGACACAGGACAAGCAUACGGAAUAUACGAAGAAAGGAGAGACGCAGGAGCUCCCACCCCUUAGUUUGGCGAAGACCCGGAGCAUCCUUUUAGACUUUCUAGAUGCCUAUACAUCUGACCCGGUCGCAGCUGAGCUGAACGCGCUACGAAGUCUGGCAGACUUCGACUACCGGCGGGUCAUCCUGAGAGCCCGCAAAUAUCUACCGCAAGUGCAGCAGCCCAUUCUAGCUCGGCACGGGAUAGUGGGGGACGACCACAGAUCGAAUAUGAAACUGGUUGAAAAAGGCGUCUCUUAUUGGAGGUUCAAAAGUCCAGAAAUAGAAGAACUCACAAAAGACUGUCUUCAGGCAGUUUUCGGGGAUGUGGCAGAUAUAGAUGUCUAG